AUGGUGAAUAAUCUAUCAGCGGCUAUUACGGCCUUUGCGGCUACACUGAUCAAUGUCACCCCCACUGUUCUGCGAACAGUUAAAUCGGUCCCACCGACACUUCAAACUGUACUUUUGAGUGGAGAGAUGCCGUAUCGAGAAAAUGUGACCCAGUGGGCUGGCCGUGUUUGUCUACUCAAUACAUACGGUCCCACUGAGUGUACUUGGAAAUGCACCUUCUCACGCCUCAACCGCUGCGAGGAAGGCCGGCCGGACAUCGGGAGAGGAGUAGGAUUCUGCCUUUGGAUUGUCAACGUCAACGAUAGUAGCCAGCUUGUUCCCCUUGGAACCCCGGGAGAAUUAUACCUUGAGGGACCCAUGGUUGGCCAAGGGUACUUGUUCAAUCAAGAAAAGACCAGGGAUGCGUUCAUCGACAACCCACCGUGGCUUUUAUCGGGGAGCCCUGCUGUCCCGGGACGGCAAGGCCGUCUGUAUAGGACCGGCGACUUGGUCAAGGCCCGCUCGGAUGGAAGCAUCAUGUUUCUAGGGCGGAAGAAUGUCUCUCAAUUGAAGAUCAGAGGUCAAAGGAUUGAAAUUGGCGACGUGGAGCACCAUGCGCGUGCAUGUCUUAAUGAUACACUGACGAUCAUUGCGGAUAUUGUGCUCCCCCAGGGAAGCGAUACUGCAAUGCUUGCACUCUUCGUGCGGACUAAGAACAAUGACCCAGAAACGAUCAAAACAGUGAUGAAUAAUCUUGUGCACGAUUUAGACGGCGUAUUGCCAGCAUUCAUGCUCCCUAGCAUCUAUCUCCCCGUCGAAGAUAUACCAGUGGCUGCCACGGGCAAAGUUGACCGGCGAAAACUGCGAGAGCUGGGAGAUAGCUUGUCCUUAAAGCAGCUUCUUCAACUACAGGCAACCAUCCUGCCGGUUCAAGAAUACCGUAACCCAUCAACUGUCAUGGAGGAGCAACUUCGUGAGCUCUGGGCGCACGUACUAAAAAUACCUUCGAUGGGAAUCAGCGUCACAGAUAGUUUCUUCCGCUUGGGAGGAGACUCGGUUGCAGCCAUGAUGUUGGUUGCGGCAGCGCGGAAUGUCAACUUAUCCAUAACGGUGGCAGAUGUGUUCAAGAGUCCAGUGUUGAGUGAACUUGCCCUAGUUAUCAUGGAGGACUCAUUUUCUUCUGGGGCAGAAGGAAUCACCCCAUUCUCUCUGAUGGACGGUCUUACCGAGACUCGGAGAAUAUGUGAGGAGGCUUCUAAACUCUGCAACAUCGAGUUUCCCCAAGUCGAGGAUAUAUAUCCUUGCACCGCGCUCCAACAGGGCAUGCUCUCUAUCACAGCUCGAAGUGAAACCAACAACGUUGCACGGACACUGUUCGAACUUCCUAGCCACACAGAUAUUUCACGAUUCGAAAAGGCAUGGCAAAAAACUCAGCAUCAAGCAUCAAUCCUGCGAACACGGGUCAUCGACCUAACCAGCAAUGGCCUUGUUCAAGUCGUUGUCGACUCCCCUAUCACGCUGGGUAGAUACGAGAGUAUCCCCGACUUCAUCGAAGGCUUCAUUCCGAUGGGACUGGGGGUCCCUCUGUGUCGGGCUGGCCUGAUUUCCGGAGAAGCAACCAGUCUGAUUUUGGAGAUGCACCAUUCGAUCUUCGAUGGCUGGUCGAAUAAGCUGAUCUUGGGUACUAUUGAAGCUGAAUACCACAAAAAGGUGAUCCCCGCGUCUUUGCUGCCCUUCCGGUCGUUCGUGAAAUAUACAAAAGAGAUGAAUAAAGAAGCAUCAUCGCUCUAUUGGAAGACCUAUCUGGAAGGAUGGUCUGAAACGAAGUCUUUUCCUUCUCCGGGGUAUCGACCAGGGGAAAAGCUUGACUUUAACUAUAGCGUCUCUGAAAUGCCGUGGAAAAAUUCUGGAACCACACCAUCCUCGGUCGUCAGAGCAGCAUUGGCCCUGUUACUGGCCUCAUAUACAAAUUCCAAUGAUGUUAGGUAUGGUGCCACGAUCAGCGGCAGACAGGCUUCCAUUGCUGGGAUCGAACGAAUUGCAGGGCCGACUAUCGCAACUGUGCCAGUCCGCGCUAAAUUUGACUGGAAUCAAACAGUCGAGAGCUGGCUUGAACAGGUUCAAAGACAGGGAGUAGAGGCCACUGAGCACGAGCAGCUGGGGCUGCAGGAGAUUGCUGGAUUGGUUGAAGAUGUCAACCUUUUCCAGCUGCUUCUGGUAGUCCAGCCGGCUCAGCAGGCAAACAGCUAUGAGAAUGACGGCCUUUUCAGCCAAGCAAGCAGUGUUGUUAGCAGCUCUGAUCAGCCCGGCAGUUUGAAAGUAGUUUCCAAGGACGGAGAAGCAGAUACUGUGGGCAUGUACAAUCCAUAUGCGAUGAUGAUUGUUUGCCAAUUACACGAUUCUGGGUUUGAACUGAAGAUUAACUUUGAUGCUGGUGCUAUAGCAGCCAAUCAAGUCCAGAGAAUGUCAAUCCAAAUUGAACAUUUGCUGCGACAGCUAUGCUCAGAGGAUUGCACUCAGAUGAACCUACGCGAUAUGGCAGUUGUCACCAAGGACGACUUGGCUGAUAUUUGGACAUGGAACGCAUCGCAGCUGGAGCCCAAGUUUGAAUCUAUCAUCGAAGGUCUUCAUCGGCAAAUUGUUUUAAAGCCAGAAGCAAUUUUGAUAUCUGCGUGGGACCAGCAGUUGACAGCCCAAAAGGUGGGUGCUUGGUCUGUAACGCUUUCUAGUCGACUUCUUCACAAAGGUGUACUUCCUGGGUCGAUUGUUGUCCUGACUUUUGAAAAAAGUGCUUGGCAGCCACUGAUUAUGCUUGCAGCCCUCAGAAUUGGGGCAACUGUCCUGCCGAUGUCUGUACCAGUUUCCAAAAUUCGAGCCCUCCAAAUUGUUGAGAGCUUGCAGCCCCAGAUUGUUGUCACCUCCACGUCGUCUGAUUCGUCUCCAUUCCACAAGUCAAUCCAAGUCCUUAGUAUCAUUGACCUCAUCACGCCGGAAAAGGAAGGAUCCGAUGUUGUUCUCACAUCCCCACCAUAUUGUCAUCUGCCUAGCGAUCAUGCUCUUAUUCUGUUUACUUCUGGGUCUACAGGAACACCCAAGGCUAUCGCAUGGAGUCACAGAGCUUUAUCAACUAACAUUGAAGCUGCCAUCGCGGCAUUUGGACUGACUGAUGCGAGCCGAGUCUUCCAGUUUGCCGGUUAUGAUUUUGAUGUGAGCACGGUGGAGACUCUGGCUACCUUGCUCGCUGGAGGUUGCCUGUGCAUCCCAUCAGAGACAGACCGAAAGAAUCGGCUGACGGACGCAAUCAACAAUUACAACGCCAAUUGGAUGUGUUUGACCCCGUCUGUGUCAGAGACCAUGAACCCAGGUGACUUGUCAUCUAUGCAAAAAGUGGUAUUUGCGGGCGAGAAGCUCGAGCACAAAACUGCUCUUCGCUGGCUAGACAAACAAAAAACUGUUUAUAACUGGUACGGGCCAGCGGAAGCUUCGGUUGCUACUUCUUGCCUUGUAAACUCCGAUCGCUGGCGUCCAGGGAUGAUCGGGCAAGCUCGUGCUGGGUUAGCGUGGCUUGUCGACCCGAAAGACCCAAACUUGCUUGCUCCAGUGGGAGCAGUAGCCGAAUUGUGUAUGGAGGGCUCCAUGCUAGCUCAAUAUGCUGGAGCCAACGGCGCUUUGUUGAACAGAGAGAAUCUCAUUUUCCCAUCGUGGCUCCAAGAUGGCUACUGGAAGACCCCUGGUCGGCCAGGUCCAGUAUAUCGUACAGGUGAUCUAGUUACCUACGACUCGGAUGGUCGUAUCAUCUACCUUGGGCGCCUCCAAGAUUCUCAACGAAAGAUCCGAGGCCAGAGGGUUGACCUGGGAGAAAUAGAGCGGUGCACCCAAGAGUUUCUGACCGGUCUAGUGGAAAUAAGGCUUGUCGCAGAGAUAAUCUCUCCCGCUUUCGGUGACAACGAUACGUUGGCCCUCUUUAUCAGUCCUGCUGACGCGUAUCACCGCGCAGACCCUCAAGCAUAUCUUCAAAGUGCAUGGCCGGUUGAUGCUUUGGAAAAUAAUCUUGCUAGAAUUCUCCCAUCCUACAUGAUUCCCAGGAUAUACAUACCGCUUAGUGAAAUUCCUAUUGGUCCAACGGGAAAGACAGACAGGCGCCGAUUGCGAGAGAUUGGAAGUUCCCUCACGUUGGCGCAACUUGCAGAACUGCAACCAACUCGAAAGAAAGCCAGAAAGGUGACCACAGAUAACGAAAAAAGAGUACAGCAAAUGUGGGCUCACGUGCUAGGACUUGAGCCGGAUGUUAUAUAUGCAACCGACCACUUCCUUCGCUUGGGAGGAGACUCAAUCAGCGCCAUGCGCCUCGUGGGAAUGGCCCGUACCCAGGGCUUCUCCCUCACUGUUGCUGAUGUGUUCGAUUUUUCCGAGCUAGAGAGGAUGGCCGAGAAAAUUGUCCACGUUGAGGGCCAUACGAAUAUGCAAGACAUCCCCCCAUUCUCCCUUUUACCCUUGGAGGUGAAAGAGUCAUACUGUCGAUCACAUGUUGCCCAGAUUUGUUCGGUCUCGCCAGAUCAAGUUCUCGAUGUCUACCCCUGCACAGCACUUCAAGAGGGAUUGCUAGCUUUGGGAGCCAGAAGACAGGGACAGUAUGUAUCUCGUAGUGUAUUGCCACUGCAAACCGAUAUUGAUCCAGACCGACUUAAAUGUGCCUGGGAAAAGACAACAGCCAAACUGUCUAUAAUACGAACCCGAAUAGUGGAUCUCCCCGGCAAAGGGCUUGUGCAGGUUGUCCUCAGUGACACACCAUGGAGAUUUGGUGAGACAAUCCAGCAGUACUUGCAAGACGACGAAACAGAGCAUAUGUCUCUAGGUACCCAGCUCUGUCGUGCAGCCAUCAUCGAUCGCACGUUCAUCUUCACCAUUCAUCACUGCUUGUACGAUGGCAGCUCACUGCCCAUGGUUCUCGAAGAACUCCAGGCUCAGUAUUAUGAUCAGCCAGGAAGGACAGUCACUGGAGUGGAGCAUUUCAUUCGCCACUUGAGUCAGAACAAUACCCAGGAAUCGGACAAUUUUUGGAAGGCUCAGCUGUCUCGCGCUGAAUUCCGUUCAUUCCCCGUCCUGCCAUUCAACAAGUAUGAGCCACAAGCCAGUGACUUUAUGGAGCAUCCGAUUGCUUUGGACUGGCCUUCCAAGGGAGCGACCCCAUCCACAAUCCUCCGCGCAGCUUGGGCGGUCCUCGCAUCACAGUAUGUGGCCUCCAGCGAUGUCAUCUUUGGUGUAACAGUGAGUGGAAGACAGGCAAAUGUAAACGGCAUGGAGAACUGCGUAGCGCCAACUAUUGCAACGGUUCCAAUUGCUGUGUCAAUUGAUUGGGAGAGUACGGUUGAGACAUUCCUCCAAGGCCUGCAAAAACAAGGACUGGAUAUUAUGUCCUAUGAGCAAUACGGCUUGCCAAACAUUCAGCGAGCAAACGGCGACCGCAAUUCUGGGCUAUUCCAGACUUUGCUGGUGGUUCAGCCAAUAACCAGAGGGAACAGCCUGUAUGAAGACAGCCGGUUGUUCAAGGCACGCAGCUAUGCCUCCAGUUUGGGCACCAUGGGUAUUGAUCCUUUCAAUGUCUACGGCUUGAUGGUGAUCUUUCAGCUUACUACCUCUGGUCUUAACAUUCAAAUGAGUUUUGAUCCGAAGAUGACUGAUAGGCGGCAGAUAAAACAAAUUAUACAUCAGUUGGAGACAGUCAUUCGCCAGUUAUGUACAAAGUCUCCCGACCGGAUGACAAUGAACACCAUUCAGACAGCAAGUGAGCUCGACCUGGAGCGCUUCUGGGCCCAGAACACAGAUCUACCUCCGGAUCCAACAACGUUUGUACCAGACAAGAUAAGUUCAUGUGCCAAAAUGCACCCCGAGGCUAUCGCCAUUGACGCAUGGGACGGCCAGUUCACAUACGGUGAGCUGGAUCGCGUUUCUACUGUUGUCGCGCGCAAGUUAAUUCUGCACCUAGGAGUCAAGAAAGGGUCUAUUGUGCCUUUGUGCUUUGUCAAGUCUCGAUACACGCCACUAGCUCAGGUUGCGGUCUGGAAAGCUGGUGCAGUGACCCUGCUACAAUCAGUAGACAUGCCUGAGCAGAGAAUGAAUCGGAAUUUCCAGCACCUUGGUGUAGAAGUUGCCCUGGCUUCACCUGAGCGCUUGGCGACGGUCUCAAGGUACGCUCGCUGUAUUACCAUGGAGCAAAUAUUGGAUACUCCCUUGGAAGAAACUAUCACGCCACUACCAGUGCUCGAUAUGGAUAGCCCAGCCUCAAUUCUGGUGUCCUCCGGUAGCACCGGUGAGCCGAAACAUGUUCUUUGGAGUCACCGCGCUCUGGCUGCAAACGCAGAGGAACCGACCCAGCGUUUGUUGGUAACCCACUCCUCACGCAUCUUCCAAUUCUCAUCAUACGAUUUCGACGUUGCUACCCUAGAAACAAUCAUUGGGCUCACUCACACGGCUUGUCUCUGUAUUCCAUCAGAAGCUCAACGUCUUGAUGGUAUUGCGGCUGCAAUUAACCACUUCGGGGCGAACUGGGCAUUUAUUACCCCGUCCACUGCCCGGUUGCUGCGACCGCAAGAUGUGCCGGGGCUGUCCACCAUCGUUAUGGGAGGUGAGAACGUGUUGCAGAGUGAUGUCAAGAGGUGGAAGGGGUUCUGCGCUGUCCGCAACUGGUACGGGCCUGCCGAAUUCCCUGCAGUUACCGUCUACCCGGCCGAUGAGCCCAACUGGUCCAGCGGUGUGGUUGCACACAUCGACUCGUGUCGCUGCUGGCUUGUAGAUCCUCAGAACCCCCACAGACUUGUUCCAUUUGGUGCGAUCGGUGAGAUUGUGGUGCAGGGACCUGCACUCGCCAGUGGCUAUGUCGGAAACGCGUCUCUCACAGAUAAACACUUCUACCAAAAUCCCACAUUCCUCUCUCGAGAUCUGGGCAGCACUCGCCCAGGAAAGCAGGGUUGUGUCUAUCGGACAGGGGAUUUGGCCCGAUAUGAUUCCGACGGCUAUCUGGUGUUCUUGGGGCGGAAGGAUGCCCAACUGAAAGUACUUGGUCAACUAGUGGUGCCCAAAGAGGUCGAAAACCAGAUUCAGAAAUGCCUUGGUCAGCAAGGUGAAUACACUGAUGUCGUUGUUGAUGCCAUUUCACCCCCAGGUGGAGGCGGAAUGUUGCUCGUUGGGUUUAUCGUUACCCAGGAAGAUGUCGACCAAUUAACUAGUGGACUCACCCAGAAGCUUCAGGCGGUUCUUCCUCGCUAUGCAGUCCCCUCGUGGUAUAUCGCACUCCCAAGUGUCCCGUUGACUACAAACGGGAAGCGAGAUCGAAGACGGCUGCUUGAGAUUGCUGCGUUGUCCACUCCAUCUAGCCAAGGAUCCACGGGACGGCUACCUAUCACAACUGCUGAGAUCACGUUAGCGAGCUUAUGGUCUCUCACUUUAGGGAUGGAGCCGGAGACAAUCUCGGCCACCGACAGUUUCUUGCAGGUUGGAAAUUCCAUUGAUGCCAUGCGAUUGGUAGGUAUUGCUCGCCAACAUGGCCUGCUGCUUACUGUCGCCGGGGUGGUGGAAUAUCCAAUCUUAGAGGAGAUGGCAAGCCUGCUGCAAAAUCUCGAGGAUGCAACAGAUGAAAGAAUUGAGCCUUUUAGUCUUUUGGAUCCUGGCCUAGACCGGAAGCUCGCCCGACACCAGGCAGCGUCCGCUUGUGCUGUCGAUGAGGCUGGCAUUGAAGAUUUAUUCCCUUGCACAUCUCUCCAGACUGGUUUGCUAGCUUUGACAGUAAAGUCCCAUGGGGAUUACACCGGUCGCAAUGUGCGGGAGCUAGGACCUUCGGUAGACGUCCAUCGCUUCCACGUCGCCUGGGAAGAGCUGGUCCGCACUGUUCCUAUCCUCCGCACACGAAUCAUCGAUCUUCCUGGACAGGGAUUUGUUCAAGUCGUGAUCCGAGAGAAAGCUGCUUGGAGCAAAGCCAGGAGUGUAGAAGAAUACCUGAGCCACGAUCGUCAGUUUCCCAUGGGGUUGGGAACACCUCUAAUGCGUUGUGGGCUGUUUUCAUGCAAGACAAGUGAUAAAGCCCCGGGCAUUUCUGGCUCAGUGCGCUGGUCUUUUGCAUUGACGAUGCAUCAUUCGAUUUAUGAUGGGCCAGCUUCCGCCAUGAUAAUGGGGACGUUGAAGAGUCUUUACCAUGGGGAAACGCCUCUUCGACUAUGCCCUUUCCAGUCUUUCGUCAAGUACGUCUCCAGUAGGAAUAAGGAAGCCGGAGUGAAGUUUUGGAAAUCACAGUUUGAAGGCUGUGAAGCUUUACAAUUUCCAUUACUUCCUUCGGACAGUUACCAACCAAAAACGAAUGCCACCAGAACUGCUGUAAUUGACGAUAUUGAAUGGCGAACAGAUGGGUUCACUCCGUCAACCAUCAUCCGUGGAGCUUUCAGCCUCGUAUGCAGCCAAUAUGCGAUCUCAUCCGACGUGGUCUUCGGCACAGUGGUUAUGGGUCGUAAAGCCCCCAUUCAGGGUACGGAAAGGAUCGCAGGUCCAACCAUUGCCACAGUUCCCGUGCGUGUGCAGAUUAAAACCGGUGCCACAAUUCCACAAUUUCUCCAAUCUAUCCAAGACCAAGAGCGAGAGAUGGUCCUUCAUGAGCAAACAGGAUUAUCGAAUAUUCGACAAGUCAGCACUGCGGCAGAAGAGGCCUGUCGCUUCCAAACUUUGCUCGUAAUCCAACCACCCGAGCAGGGUAUGGACGACACUGGCUUAUUUGUCGCUCGAUCUGCCGAAAAUGAUGAGGCGACCCGAUACCAUAGCUUCAGCUCUUAUGCGUUAUCAGUAGUGUGCAACCUGGACAAAGGUCGAUUGAAGGUCGAAUUUUGCCAUGACUCUUCUAUUGUCAAGACAGAAACCAUUCAAACCAUGGCAGCGCACCUUGAUCAGGCCCUUCGGAGCAUGUGUACAAAGAAAUUGCCUCACACAACGCUAGGAGAUAUAAACAUGAUGACACAGUCUCAUCUGAAUGACAUCUGGACCUGGAACGCAAACUUGCCUGUCGCUAUAGAUCGAUGCAUGCAUGACCUAAUUGAGGAAGUUGCACAACGCCAGCCUGAAAAACUGGCUAUCUCCGCGUGGGAUGGUAAUUUAACAUAUGCUGAGUUAGAUCGGCUGUCAACCAGGCUCGCAGGCCAUCUGGUAUGGAUGGGGGUGAGAAAGAACAUGAUUGUUCCGCUUUGUUUUGAGAAAAGCAUGUACGCCAUGCUCGCCGUCCUUGCCGUUAUUAAAGCGGGUGGUGCCACUCUCCUCUUGGAUCCAUCACUGCCAAACUCUCGCCUUGAUGAUAUUUUGCAGCAGGUGAGCCCCAUUGUGCUAUUAUCAUCAAUAUCCCAGGAACAACGCUGUUCACGAUGGGUGGCUCACCCAGUAGUCUUGGGGAAGGAAUCCACCUUACUUCAGGCCGAUGCGGUAAAUGGAACCGCCAAAAAUCACAACCUGCCGUCUGUAUCUCCAUGUGAUCUUUUAUAUGCCGUCUUUACAAGUGGCAGCACCGGUACCCCCAAAGGAUGUCUCAUGCAUCACCAACAAUUCACCAGUGCAGUAGUUCACCAGAAAGCCACACUUGAAAUGAAUUCAACAACUCGCCUAUUUGAUUUCUCAUCCUACUCCUUUGAUGCUGUCUACUGGUGCCUCUUUCACGUAUGGAACGCCGGAGGCGUGUUGUGUAUUCCGAGUGAGGAAGAACGGAAAAACGAUUUGACUGAGAGCGUGCGCCGGUUUGAGACCACGCACAUAUUCUUAACUCCCUCCACUGCAAGAUGGAUAGACCCGCAGCGUACUCCCACGUUGCGCUAUCUCUUUCUCGGGGGCGAGGCGGUCUUGCCAGAAGAUCUCGCCCGAUGGUCACCACAUGUCAACACGUUUGAGGUAUAUGGACCUUCGGAAUGCUCUGCUAUUACUCUCUAUCACCGAGUUCCUAGGGCCACAUCCCCCCCUGUACACUCUAUUGGGAAAGGCAUCGGCGUUUUGACCUGGGUGGUAGACCCAGGGAACCAGGAUCGACUAGCUCCUCUUGGGACAGUAGGUGAACUGUAUCUCGAGGGACCUUUAGUGGGACAAGGAUACUUCCAGAAUGAAGAGAGAACAGCGGCCGCCUUCAUUGAGAAUCCAUCCUGGCUAGGCCAGGGCUCCCCUGAUGGAACAGUGCCGGGACGGCGUGGGCGGAUGUAUAAGACUGGUGACCUUGUCAAAUAUCAUCCACUCACUGGAAAUCUCGCUUUCGUGGGCCGAAAGGAUACACAGGUCAAACUGCGAGGCCAACGAAUCGAGCUUGCAGAUGUUGAGCAUCAUAUCAUGCAGUGCCUAAUGGAUCUAUCUGUGUCAGUAACUGCGCCGACGGCGGUGGCAGAGGUUAUAAAGCCAAGAGCCACAGGUCAGCCAAUGCUUGCCGUUUUUAUCGACUGCGACAAAGCACAAUUGCCCAACUUUUUGCCCUACCUCGAAGCUGAGUUGCCGAGCCGGGUACCGUCCUACAUGGUGCCCGCAACUUACAUCGCAACCCCAUGUAUGCCCAUGGCGGCGAGUGGCAAGACUGACCGACGACGGUUGCGCGAGAUGGGUUCCAAUUUGACUCUGGAAUACUUGGUGCGCAACGAUGCCCCUGCAACUACAAUGCCCCCCAGCACAGCCUCUGAGUGCAACCUCCAAAGUUUGUGGGUAAAAGUCCUCGGUGUACCCGCCGAGAAGAUAGGGGCCGAAAGCAGCUUCGUUCGUUUGGGUGGCGACUCUAUUUCGGCCAUGCGGUUGGCCUCUUUGGCUCGUAUGCAAGGUCUAGGCUUGUCGGUCCAUAAUAUUCUCACCGCGCCUCGACUAUCGGAGAUGGCACAGGUAAUGUCUGCACUGACUUCUAAAGACACCAUAAAAAUGGAAGUAGUCAAUCCUUUCUCUCUCUUGAAGCACCCCUCAAAACAAAAAGUUAUCUUGGAUAUCUUCGCAAGCCAAUGCAACAUCCAUGUCAGCCAAAUUGAGGACAUCUUCCCAUGUACGGGUGUCCAAAAGUCACUGCUCUCCAUGACCGCCAAACGCGCCAACUCGUAUGUCGCUCUACUCUUGCUCAAACUGAGGAAGAAUGUCGAUGAGUCACGAUUCAUGAAUGCGUGGGAGAUGGUAAGUAGAGCAUCUGCCCCCAUCCUUCGUUCUCGAAUUGUGGACUGUCCAACAGAGGGGCUUGUGCAAGGUAUCGUGGAUGAACCGCUACACUGGGAUGCCACUCAACCACUACAGCAAUAUCUCCACAAAUAUCAAACCAGACCCAUGGGUCUGGCCACCCCGUUGACUCGUCUUGCAAUUGUGGAGGAUGAAAGCAACCGGGAACGCUAUUGUUUGCUCACUCAGCAUCAUGCGAUAUAUGAUGGCUAUUCACUGAAUCUUCUCGUGGAUGAGGUAUCCAAGGCUUAUUGUGGCUUCCUUGAUGAUCACACCCCAGUGGCAUCAUUUCAAGCUUUCAUCAAGCAUUUUAUGGCGGCAGAUGCUGAGAAGACAAAGGAUUUCUGGGCUCAUGAGUUUGCAAAUUGCGAGGCAAUCCCCUUCCCGGUAUUGCCUCAUGCGGAGCAUCAAAUCAAAGCGGACAGCACAGUACGACGCAAUUUGGAGGCAUUCCAGUGGCCACAGCGAGAUUUCACUCCAUCAACCAGUAGGUUUCUUUUAUCCCCCUUCCUCCUUCUUCUACUACCUCCCCUGAAUGUUGCUGACAUAUUUCUCUUCACAGUCAUUCGUGCAUCAUGGGCAAUCCUUACCGCGCGGUACAUGGACUCGGAUGAUGUGAUUUUUGGUGCCAUGGUCACAGGCCGACAAGCUCCUCUCCAAGGCCUAGACCGAAUGGUGGCGCCUCUUAUAAAUGCUGUGCCUGUCCGAGUCAAAUUAAGUUUCCAAGAAUCGGUCGAUACUCUGCUCACUAACAUCCAAAAGCAGUCCAUUGACAUGAUUUUCUACGAACAGACUGAGAUGCUCACAAUUCGGCGCAUUGAUGCAAACACUGAUCGCGGAAGUCGAUUCAAUACUCUUCUCGUUGUUCAGCCUGCAAGUCAAGGCCAAUCUCUCGAUCACCCAAGCGGCCCCUACGAGUACCCCAGAGAGCUAAUCUCCGCAACUCAGGAUCUAGAUGACUCCAAUCCAAAUGCUAUCAUGGUUAUAUGCCAACUCACGAGCACAAAUGGCCUGCAGCUUGAGUUCAGCUUUGAUUCUAGGGUGAUGGAUGCAGCGCAAAUGGAACGGAUUGCCUCUCAAUUCGAGCAUGUCUUGCGCCAAGUAUGUGUGACCACGACGCAGCCUGUCGAUCACAUCCAAACUCUCAGUGGUGCAGAUUUAGCAGAGCUAUGGGAGUGGAACUCUUCAGUCCCCCCGGCAAUUCCUGAAUGCGUCCACGGCUUGAUUACUACAACUGCGCAGAAAUAUGGAGACCAGCCAGCCAUCUGCGCCUGGAACGGCCACUUAACGUAUUUCGAGUUGGACGAACUUUCUAAUCGGUUGGCAUUGAACUUGCUGGCUUUUGGGGUUGGUCCCGGUACCAUCAUUCCACUUUGCUUUGAGAAGUCCAUGUGGCACCCGGUGGCAGCUCUUGGAGUGAUGAAGUCAGGUGCUGCGUGCCUCUCAAUGGACUCGACUCAACCAGAAACCCGACUACAGUCUAUUAUCAGACAAGUCAACCCCCGAUUUGUCCUAGCCUCAGCCAAAACUGCCGGACUGGCGGGUCAUUUAUCUGAUGCCGAGGUGAUGAUAAUUGACCAAGAUUACCUCGGGUUGGUGGCGAAAGAUGUUCUCACCCGGUCUUUGCCCACAGUUCACCCAUCCAAUGUGCUAUACGUGGUAUUUACUAGCGGCUCUACGGGAACACCUAAAGGCAUUGUGACCACACAUCAGAAUUUUGCAUCCGCUGCAGUGCAUCAGGCAGAGAUACUGCGUAUUCAACCAGGCACACGCGUGUUUGACUUUGUCUCGUAUAGCUUUGACGUAUCAUGGUCUAAUACCCUUCAGACGUUGAUCUGCGGAGGCUGUCUUUGUAUUCCCGACGAGUUGGAGCGUCGAAAUGACAUUGCGGGGGCCUUCAAUCGCAUGAAUUGUAACUACUCCUACUUCACCCCUUCUGUGGUGCGAUCUUUGAACCCAUGCAGCAUGCCCGCACUCAAGAUCUUGGCUAUGGGAGGAGAGCCUAUUCCUAUUGCCGAGGUUGCUCGUUGGGAGCAGGCUGAGGCCAUCAUCGGCAUCUAUGGUCCGGCUGAGUGCGCACAGGCCCUCACAUUUACUCUUCUCCGACCUAACGGGCGCAACAAUCACGUAGGGCACUCUUAUGGAGCCCGGACAUGGCUGGUACAACCGGACCAUCCCGAUCGUCUGGCUGCAAUUGGCGCUGUGGGAGAGCUUCUCAUAGAGGGCCCUACUGUCAGUCGCGGUUAUUUUGAUGAAUCUGACAAGACUGCAGCUGCGUAUAUCAAAAACCCAUCCUGGUUGUUGGAAGGCACACCAAGCAUUCCGGGCCGCCAAGCCACCCUGUACAAGACAGGUGACCUACUUCGAUACAAUUCAGAUGGGUCUCUGGAUUUCCUCGGCCGUAAGGACGGUAUGGUCAAGCUGCGAGGCCAGCGAAUUGAGCUGGCUGAAGUCGAAUUCCACAUCCGUGCUAACCUCCACCAUCCCGACCUAUGUGAUGGUCUUGCGGCAGAAAUUAUUACCCCCAACAACAGCAGUCCCAUUCUCGCCGUCUUUUUUGCCCUAUCUUCCUCUGAAGAGGCAAGGUCCGAAGAAGACACUUUAUCGAAGCUGACCUGUUUAAUCGACGGGUUGGAAGACAGGCUCUCCAAUUGCGUACCACAAUACAUGAUUCCUGGUGCCUAUAUCCCUAUUGAAAAGAUUCCAAUGACUACCACGGACAAAACAGAUAGAAGAACUUUACGGCAGUUGGGAGCCAUUCAAACUUUGGAGAAGCUGGCAAAACUGCAGUCCCACGGGAAGACUCAUCGUGCACCCAGCACCGUCAUGGAACAGAAAUUACAAGUCCUGUGGUCGAUUGUCCUUGGAGUGGAUACAAGCAUCAUCAAUGCCGACAGCAACUUCUUCAGAAUUGGUGGAGAGUCCAUCUCAGCCAUGCGACUGGUGGCAGCGGCACGAAAUGAGAAGCGCUCCCUCACAGUCGCGGAUAUUUUCAACGCACCGCAACUCUGUCAACUCGCCCUCCUAGUGCAGGAAACAACUAUGGAGGAUGGUCUACCAUCGUCGAGACCCUUUGCUUUGCUUGAAUCCGAUGAUCCAAAGUCCUUCCUCACUCAGUUGGUCGAUCCUUUCCUCGACCCAAGGGCUGGGACUGUUCUUGAUGUGCUUCCUUGCACCGACUUCCAAACUUGUGCAAUUUUGGAUGCUUUCCAAGACCCACCCAGCCGAUUGCCUCACUGGAUUUUCGAUCUCCCAGAAGAUGUCAACUUUGCAAGGCUAGAGUGGUCUUGCCGGAAGCUAGUAGAUCAUCAUGACAUCCUUCGCAUGGUGUUCAUUCAUGCGCACGGCCGAUUCUGGCAGGUCUUGCUCGAAAACUUGAAUUCCGCGUAUGACAACUUCCAGGCAAAUAAUGAUGAGGAUAUUACGGCUUUCGUUGAUUCCAUCUGUGAGCUGGAUCGAAAAAGAAUUCGAACCUUGGGCUCUUCGUUCAUUCGAUUCAUGGCAGUCCGGAGUCCAUCUGGGCAGCACCGACUCAUUUUCCGGAUCUCGCACGCCCAGUUCGACGGCUUUAGCUGGAACACGGUUCUCCGCAAUCUCUCUUCACUCUACUGUGGCGAAACUCCCCCUGAUCAACCGAAGUUCACCCAGUAUAUUACCUAUAGAGAGGACAAUAAGGCAGGUGCCUUCACUUACUGGACCUCGCGCCUUAAACACACUCCAAAUCCCAACUGGAGUAGUGUAAACUAUUCCAACUGUGCGUACAGUACCAAGGACCGUCUGACCAUGAAAGCGACGAUCCCAAUACCCAAAGGCAGUUUGGUUGAGGGGAUGUCACCCGCAACUCUCUUCCAUGCUGCUUGUGCUAUGGUGUUGUCCCGCCAGUACCAACAAGCUCACGUUGUCUUCGGUCGUCUGGUCACUGGCCGGUCUAUGCUACCGAGCAUGCUACCAAAUGUGGUCGGUCCGUCUAUGACCGAGAUCCCUAUCAGCGUGCACAUUGAUGAAAAUGCUGCUCUUCCGGAUAUUGCAUUGCAGUUGCAGCGUCAGCUCAUUGAAGAUUCCCGAUAUGAAACCGCCGGGAUGGAGGAAAUUAUCAGGAACUGCACUGACUGGCCCGAUCAUGUAAAGGAUUUUGGCUGGCGGACCUCUUUCCAGCAAGACGAUGAUCGUCAUUUCACUUUCCUUGGGACAAAAAGUCGAAUAUCGUUCUACGAGCCAGAUCUGCUACCUCGAAACCGACCGGAAAUCUAUGCUACCCCACGGGAUGGGAUGCUGGAUCUUGAAUUUGAGGGCAAUCGCCAGUUGAUCACUGAGGUUGAUGUUCAACGAUUUAUUCAAGGUCUGAAAACAGUUCUGAGUACCGUUUGA